AGAUUUCCGGCCCACCGCGGGAGCGCGAGGGAGUCCUCGAGGUUUCGUCUUGGAGGCGUCUGCGACCCCGCCGCGGAGACACCAUGAGCAAAGCUCACCCCCCGGAGCUGAAAAAGUUUAUGGACAAGAAGUUAUCAUUGAAAUUGAAUGGCGGCAGACAUGUCCAAGGAAUACUUCGAGGAUUUGAUCCCUUUAUGAAUCUUGUGAUAGAUGAAUGUGUGGAGAUGGCAACAAGUGGGCAACAGAAUAAUAUUGGAAUGGUGGUAAUACGAGGAAAUAGUAUCAUCAUGUUAGAAGCCUUGGAACGAGUAUAGACAGAGGUUGCUCAGAAGUCAAGUGUUUUCAUGUGUUCCCGUCAUUGCAUCUUUUUACUAAUAUAAAAUUGGAUAGUGUACAUUUUCAUGAAUGUUUUUGUUAAAUAAAUUUUUGUAAUGUCAAAAA